AAACUUUUUCCAUAGCGACGUCAUGCCUCAUCUACAAUCGCACAAUGCCUGAGCGGGGUAAUAUUCAACUUCUCUCAAAGCACCCAAGAGAGUGAGGCAGUAACGGCGCGUCUUCUCGUCAAAUGUCAGCUUGCUCUCAGCUCGUGUGACCACAGGAAGUGGCUUGCCAGUGUGUUGUCUGCAAAACAAACGCGUUUGUCCACACGAUCACCGUCGCCUGUAUGCUAACAUCAUUGGGCCCCAGUGCCUAGUGCCCUUCCCGUCCUGCAAAAGCGGGGAUUAACUGUUUAUACACGGCUAACUACGUGUGAAAGUCAGCCUUAACUCGCGUUACCGCCAUCGCUUUGCUUUCCUUCGUUUUCCCAAUCUCGUCCUCACCUCAGCCUCAUCGUGCAACACAUUCACUGUCCGACAUGCUGCUGUUUUCACCGCAACGAUGCGACGCUCUCCUCAAUCAGUCAGCAAAACAAACGGGCUCCAUGUUUAGGCGUUUCUCGGUUCCGCUCUGGCCAGCCAGCCAACCCUCCAUCCAACUCUCACCACGCGCACCCAAGCAGCAACAGCAACCUGCCCGUCCCUCACCACCAAGAAGAGGACAAUCACCACCAAAAGAAAAUACAACCACCCAAAUGUCACACCAACCCGGCACCCCCCGCUCAGCGGCCUUCUCUCCCACGCUUGGAAGCAUUCCAGAGGUCUUCGAAUAUGAGCCUCUCGACGACCAAUUUGGUCCAGCUUCACUCAACGACGCGCCCGAGACCCCAGCGGCUUUCUUACCCGAGGCUUCCGACCUGAGUCCGCCGACGCUGACCCGAGCGACGUCGUGGCCCGCGAUCAUCCAGUCACCAUCCCGGAGAGUCGCCUCACCUUUUGCUGUCUCCAAAGCACUGCGCAAAAUCCUGGAAGCCGAUCGAGUCCGACGGAGGCGCAUUAUGAAAGUCUAUCUGAAAGCCAUCGUUUUCCUAAAGUACUUAUGGCGCGCAAAUGAGCGUUACGGCAACGUCAUGGUCACUACUGGCAUGUACAUGCAACGAUGACCGACGCGAGCAAAAGUUGGGAUCUUUAGGCGUUUUAGCAUGGCAAUGGCGUGAAAUGACACGACAUGAUUGUACUAUGAUUUUAUGGUUUACGACAUAGCGAUUGCAUUGCCUGGAGGGAUGCAUAGCCGCUGGCGUUUGGCAUUGGAAAGGCGUUUUUAUUCCCAGGUGAAUAUUGUUACUACUAUAAGCUUGUCUGGUAUUAGCCAGCUUCGUGAUCUUUUGAUCAAGCACUGUGGGUACAGUACUACAUCAAUUCAGACUGUAUCAGAAGGGAUCGCUUGUGCUUUUCGUGUUCUUCAC